CGCCACCAAAAAUAAUUGCCAAAAAGCGCCGGCGCGACGGGCUUUGUUGCGCAAGGCGCGACCGCAUACGUUGAUUCGUCGUUCUGAAGCGCUGCCGCGCACUGCACGCAUCGCUCGGGCCGGCGCGGACGGCUCGCCCACUGCUGCAGCACAGCCUCACGCCGUCGCCGCGGCGCGCCGCCGCGUCCGCAAACCAGAGAAGACGUCACCCCAAAACACUGCUGCGAAAAGCGCGAUGAAGACAAAUGCCCACAACUUCAUUCAUGCGUGUCAUAUGAACACUGUAUGUGUUGUGAUCGUACUGGCCAAGCUAAUCCGAGCGCCCGCACAGCAGCAGACCCCGUCCAGUGUUAUCCGUUUUUGGCCUUUCUGUGGUCUUACUCGGUUGUCAAAGGCGGGGGAGACCAAUUGUCGGGGGUGCAUAUGUCUGACGGCGCGGGAGCGACCGCCUGCCGCGCCGUCCUAACGUCCCCCGCUCACGCAGGCAUGGAGUCCGCCGCCGAGCGGAAAGCGAGGCUCAAGGCUUUGCGGGCCGCGCGCGACGACAAGGUCGGCGGCGAGAAGAAGCUGAAGUUCCGCAAUUAUCUGCCGCAGUCCGAGGAACUCGCCCCGGCCUUCGAGCCGCCGCCGCUCCCCGAGCUCCAGGCGCCGCCGCCGCCGCCGGUUGCGGACGAGGACGACGGAGACACGCCGGCGGCGCCGGCGCCGGCGCCGAGCGCCUUCGACGCGGAGCUCAGUCGCAUUCAAGCGGACGAGCCCGAGGGCGCGCUGAACGUCGUGCCCCGCGACCCGAACUGGGACCUGAAGCGCGACCUCGAGCCGCGCGCCGAGGUCCUCCGGAAGCGGACGCAGAAGGCGAUCGUCGAGAUCCUGCGGGAGCGGCUGAAGGCGGAGGCUAGGCAAUAAUGAAUUUACGUAGUGAAGGCGACGGAACGCCAUGAAACGG